AUGGUCACUCACUUUCUGCGGAAGAGCACCAAGAAGAGCAUAUGGGAAAUCAUCGACAGAGAGCGAGAUGUCAAUAAACUCCAUCCGACGGAUACGAGAACUCGAGACGGCAUGCUACUCAGCGAACCACAUCAGACUAUUAUACAGCCAGUGACGGCUACUACAUCAAAAACUUGCACAAUUUCAUAA